CCUAUAUCUGGCUUGUACGUGAUGAUAUUUAUGAAGACCAGGCUCAGGCCCCCCCCUGGCUUUAAAAUCAAAGGAGACCAGGCGAUUCGUCUGCUACUGCGACUUGUUUCUUGACUCGUUCUCAGCAUCAAAAAUGUCAGACAGUUUCUCACCAAAAAUGCGCAAGGGCAGGUCCGUAUCGCUUCAUCUCCCAAAGCAGUGCGAUCCCACGCCAGUACCCCCAUCCCUAACAAACUCACCGCACCUCUCGUCGCCCUACAGCGUAUUUCGUCGGCAACCAGCUUUUCUGAAGACCCCCUCCCAGGAGGAUGACGAGUGGUUGCGAGACAUGGUGCCCAUGAACAGCGAGCAAGGCGCUUUUGAAGAAAACCUUCUGAGCGCGUCGCAACCAGUCACGCCAGUCGUAGCAGUAGCAGUCCAGAAACAAUGGGAGACAUCACAGGAGGAGUCGUUCCGGGGUCGUGCUACGUUAUCUCCGAGACCUAACAUGCAUCGUUCAUGGUCGUCUCCUUCAGCAUCAUCAACAUCAUCUGUCGUCGCUGUGUCACCUUAUGACUUGGACAGGACCAGCAGCGGUUAGUAUAGGUCCAGCGUCAGCGCGGACUUUACGGCAUAAUAUUCAUGACGAUGUUCUCUUUAUCUUUUUGGGUCUUAGGUUACAUCGGGUUUCAGGUUUCUUUGGGUCUUGAGUUACAUCGGGUUUAACCUAUCUUUUAUCGCGUCCAUCAAUCGCGCUGUAGUGCCUAUUAUUAUUUCACGCUUGGUUGACUUUUACUUUAUUUUAUACACUCUUACUAUA